GACAGCCUGAGAAGCUGCAAUCACUCACUCCCUUCAUCAAUGGCGUCCAACGAAUCAUCAUCAGCCGUAAAUAGGCCACUCUCACUCUCUUUAAGGCCCUUCAUACUGUGCUGCUUCUUGUUGCUCCUCUGCUGCUACACUGUUUCCGGGGACGGUUCUGCGGGUGCUCCGGGGUCGAUGGUGAGGAGAGACGAGAGGACGCGGAUCGCAGUGACUGAGUACGGGGAGGUCUCGGCCGUCGACGUCGGCAAUGGACGGAGAGGGUUCUAUCAUCUCCAGUUCAUCACCCUGGAGCCCAACGCUCUGUUCCUUCCCGUCCUUCUGCAUGCGGAUAUGGUGCUCUACGUCCGUACAGGAAGCGGAAGGUUGACCUGGGUCGACGAAGAUGACGCUCGGAGGGUCAAUCUGAGGCGAGGAGACAUUUAUCGGCUCCCACCUGGCACAAUAUUUCAUGUUCAAAGCGAUUUAGAUCCCCAGCGCGAGAAGCUUCGGAUUCAUGCAUUCUUCACCAACCCUGAUGACGACUCUUAUGAACCUUUGAUCGGCGCAUAUUCUAGUGUUGGUGAUCUCCUCCGGGGUUUCGAUAGGAAAGUCCUCCAAGAAGCUUUCAAGGCUCCCGAGGAACUGAUCGAAGAGAUAUUGAGUGCAACUAGGCCACCGCCUAUCAUCCAUGCCACUGCUGCUUCAGAGUCGAAGAAGCAUAUUUUCUGGGAGUGGGAAGCUCGUAUGUUGAAAUCCUACCUCACCGGUGCUGGGAGUAUAGGUUACAAUAAGAAGAAGACGAGAGCAUACAACGUGUAUGAUGCGGACAAGGACUUCGAGAAUUGCAAUGGAUGGAGCCUAACAGUGACCAAAAAAGAUGCGCGCUCGUUGAAGCAUGCAAAUAUCGGGAUCUUCUUGGUGAACCUAACAAGGGGUUCAAUGAUGGGGCCGCAUUGGAAUCCUCAAGCUACAGAGGUAGCAAUUGUAUUGCACGGGCAGGGGAUGAUCAGGUUGGUCUGUUCCAGCAGCUCUAAGGAAUCGGAUUGCAAGAGUACCAGGUUCCGGGUCAAUGAAGGAGACGUGUUCAUGGUCCGCCGGUUCUAUCCCAUGGCUCAGAUGUCGUACAACAAUGACUCGUUCGUCUUCAUGGGGUUCAGCACCACAACUCGAAGGAACUAUCCCCAGUUUUUGGCCGGAAAGAGUUCAGUACUUCAGGCCCUGGGGAAGGACGUGCUGGCGGCUUCAUUCAAUGUCCCAAACACGACGGUGGACGAACUGAUGGCACCGCAGGCAGACUCGGUGAUACUGGAAUGCACCUCUUGUGCGGAGGAAGAGGAGAGGUUAAUGGAGGAAGAGAUUGAGAAGGAGAGGGAAGAAGAGGCUGAGAGGAGGAGGGAGGAGGAAGAAAGGGAGAGAGAGGAGGAGGAAGAGAAGAGGAGAAGGGAGGAAGAAGAGAGGGAGAGAGAGGAGGAGAAAGAGAGGCAGAGGGAGGAAGAAGAGAGGGAGAGAGAGGAGGAGAAAGCGAGGCAGAGGGAGGAGGAAGAGAGACGGCGGGAGGAAGAAGAGGAGAGAAGGAGAGAGGAGGAGGAAGAAGAGGCGAGAAGGAAAGAGGAGGAAGAGAAGAGGAGAAGGGAGGAAGAAGAGAGGGAGAGAGAGAAGGAGAAGGAAGAGAGACGGCGGGAGGAAGAAGAGGGGAGGAGGAGGAGAGAAGAGGAAGAGGAGAGGGAGUGGGAAGAGGAGGAACGACGUUGGAGGGAGCAAGAAGAGGAGGGUCAGGGUCGGAGGGAGCAAGAAGAGGAACACAGGAGUAGGAGGAGACAGGAAUAUGAGAGAGAGAGAGAGAUGCGGCAGCACGAAGAGGACCGGAGGAGGAGGAGAGAGCGAGCGGAGAGGGAGCAAGAGGAGGCGAGGAGACAAGAAGAGGAGAUGGAGAGGUGGCAGAGAGAGGGUGAAGAGGCGGUAGGUGGCGGAUGAUGGGCUGCCGGAGAGUGAGAGCAGUAGGAGAACCGUGGAUGGAGGGGAGCGGAGGCGAGUCUUAAAGUAAGUAUGCGGCGGCGAUAGGUCUGAUGCAUGCGCACGCGUGAUAUGGAGUAUAUACAUCAAUCCGGAAUAAGAGAGCAGUUUUUCGGUCUUCGGUUGUUCUUGUUUUAGUGUUUCCGGCAGUUUCCUGUAAUAAGGUCUUGAGUUUGGAGUGUUCUUUUCUGAUUAUGUUUAUAGGAGGAAAGGUGAAGAUGUUUACUGAACUUGGCCUGAGGUCUGCUCUGUUCACUUCAGAAAAUUUUCCA